GUGUGCAAACAGAUUUGGCUAGGCCUAUUUGAUGAUAGAUCAUCAGCAAUUCCAGACUUCAGGGAUCCACAGAAAGUAAAGGAAUUUCUACAGGAAAAAUAUGAAAAGAAAAGAUGGUAUGUUCCUCCAGAGCAAGCAAAGGUGGUGGCAUCAGUACAUGCAUCCAUAUCGGGGUCUUCUGCUAGUAGUACAAGCAGCACGCCGGAGGUGAAACCACUCAAAUCUCUCCUGGGAGAAGCUGCACCAGCACUGCACUUAAACAAGGGCACACCUAGCCAGUCUCCUGUUGUAGUUCGAUCUCAAGGACAGCAGCAACAAGAAAAGAAACAAUUUGACCUACUCAGCGACCUGGGCUCAGAUAUCUUUGCUGCUGCUCCUACUCAGUCAACUGCUACAGCAAAUUUUGCUAAUUUUGCACACUUCAACAGUCACACAGUGCAGAACUCUGCAAAUGCAGGUUUUGCAAACUUUGAUGCAUUUGGACAGUCUAGUGGCUCGAGUAAUUUUGGAGGUUUCCCCACAGCAAGUCAGUCUUCUUUUCAGCCCCAAAAUACAGGUGGAAGUGCUGGAUCAGUGAAUGCCAAUUUUGCUCACUUUGAUAACUUCCCCAAAUCCUCCAGUGCUGAUUUUGGAGCCUUCAAUACUUCUCAGAGCAACACAACAGCAACUGCAGCCAGUAAAGCUGCAGUGAAUAAACCGAAUCUCCAGUCAGCUGACAAAUAUGCAGCUCUUGCUAAUUUAGAUAAUAUCUUCAGUGCAGGGCAAGGUGGUAGUGAGCAAGGAAGUGGCUUCAGUACAGUAGUGUCAGCAUCAGCAGGUCCUGCGUUGUCAGCCCCAAAUCAGUCAAGUGCAUCUUCAGACAAGUAUGCGGCUCUAGCAGAAUUAGACAGCGUGUUCAGCUCCACAGCAACCUCUAGUAACGCGUAUACUUCCACCAGUAAUGUUAGCAGCAGUGCUUUUGGAACAGUACCUGUGGCUGCUACUGCCCAGACACAGCCUGCAUCUUCAAGUGUGCCUGCUCCAUUUGGAGCAACACCUUCCACAAAUCCAUUUGUAGCUGCCCCUGUUGCCCCAGUGGCACCUUCAACAAAUCCAUUCCAGACCAAUAGCCGAGGAGCAACAGCAGCAACAUUUGGUACUGCAUCCAUGAGUAUGCCUGCAGGAUUUGGAACUCCUGCGUCCUACAGUCUUCCUACUAGUUUUAGUGGCAACUUCCAGCAGCCCACAUUUCCAACCCAGGCAGCUUUCCCUCAACAGACUGCUUUUGCUCAGCAGCCAAAUGGAGCAGGUUUUGCUGCAUUUGGACAGGCAAAGCCUGUAGUAACUCCUUUUGGACAAGCUGCAGCUGUUGGAGUAUCUAGUAACCCUUUUAUGGCUGGUGCACCAACAGGACAAUUUCCAACAGGAAGCUCAUCAACCAAUCCUUUCUUAUAGCCUUAUAGACACUUUACCCAAAAGAACUCUUAUGUGGUCACAUAACAUCUCUGCGCCUCUUGCACUGUUGUCUUGUUUCACUGAUAUUAGCUUUAAACACAAAAGAAGUCUUUAAGAAGUAAAAAUAAAAGCCUGCAUUGUGUACCUUUAAAAAAAAAAAAAUUAAAAAUACACGAAAAGCAAGAAAAUCACCCCCCCACACACCAGGUAAUAACGUGCAAAACAGAGGGCUGUGGUAACAUCCUUGAACCUGUGAACUGGCAGGUAAAAAGUAGCGGUAUCAUGUAUAUUAAAAUUGGCUAAUAAGUUAUUGCAGAUACCACAUUCAUUAUGCUGCAGUACUGUACAUAUUUUUCUUAGAAAAUAGCUAUUUGUGCAUAUCAGUAUUUGUAACUUUAACACAUUGUUAUGUGAAAAAUGUUACUGGGAAAUAGAUCAGCCACUUUAAGGUGCUGUUGUAUCUCUUGGAAUGAAUGAGCUACAUCAUUUUAACCAUUGGUAUUGGAAGUCAUGAAGUUAAAUUGAAGGUUUGUUCAUUUCUCAAAAUGUUUUCCUUUCCUAAGAGCUCUUCUAUUUAUACAUGCCUAAAUCUCUAAUGUUAGAGGGAUACCUGUCUGCAUAAUAAAGCUGAUCAUGUUUUGCUACAGUUUGCAGGUGAAAAAAAAUAAAUAUUAGAAAAAAA